UGAACACACCUCUGUGCAUUUCAUCAGACGUGUGCACGUCUUUCAAAUGCAAAUCAAAUCGACACUUACUGGGACGCUAAACAAAAAAUUGGAUUUGGAUGAUAUGGAAGCGUCAUCAUUUCAAAAUCUGAGUGGAAUAUAAACAACAGUGAAAUUUUAAACUCACUUUGCUAGGAGAUGAUCCAAGGACAUGAAGAAUGAAAAGAUGUUGAGCCACGAUUCUUCAGGAUUUGAUGGAAUUUUACUUUUGGCAUUAGACAGAUAUUGAAUGUUGUGUGUUUGUGAGUAUGCGCGUACUAAUGUUGUAAUGAUUUUGUGUCGCAUGUGUGACAUGUAAUCUUAUCUUUUACAUUCACUGUGUGUAAAUGGCGGACGCAAACUCUGUAUCUGACAAUCAGGUCUUGUUGCAGUCAAUGCUUCAAAAGCUGAGGCUCCAACCAAGACCUGAGAACAUCAGUAUACACACAGGAGAUAAAGAACAGUUUGGUACAACGGUGAUCGAGCAAAAUGGAGGUGCUGCUCAGAGCCCACCUCAAACUCCACCAAUGUACAAUUUUGAUUUUAAUAUGGACAGCAAAUCUAUUGUGACCAAUCUGGCCGGCACACCGGGUUCGGCUGGUGUAUCGACAUCUCUUUUCCAAGAAUUUGCCCAAGGAAAUGAUGUUAGAAAUUCACAAAUGUCAUCCACACCAAAACAGAGAAGACUAAAUUGGAAUUUUAUGAGCAACCACACUGUAUCAGGAGGGAACAUGGGCAUCAUUAAACACACAGAUGAUGGCAUGAUUCCAAAGCAGGCCAAGCAGCAAAAAUUCUCUCUGACAAAAAACAGUGCCUCUUCUCUACAAAGUAUAGACAGGAUGUUUCCCUCAGCACUUACAUCAAGCCAGGUGGAAUCAAACAUCCAGGACCACGGAGCUGGACAGAAAAGAUGGACUCAGAAGGUGAAGGAAAAAUGGAAGGAGAGACACAAAAGCAUACCCAGAAGAGAACAAAAUAACGGAGAGAAACAAGAACAGAACAACAUAUCAAUUAGCAUCAUGCCUCCAAUUCCUGCCCAAACUGUUCCCUAUGAAAACAAAACUACAAACUUCAACCAGGACGUGAGUGUCCAGCACCAGCCAAUCAACAACGGUUCAGUCGAAGACAAUUCCAGUCAACUUGAUCACAUGAGUGGGAGCUUAUUUUCACCAGGUUAUUUUAACCUAAUGGAAGAGAUUUUCACUGGUCAGGAGUGGGCCAAGUUCCUUCCAUCCAGCACCAUCAGCCAAUCAGACUCCAGUUCCAUCACACAAGACCAAGGAAUGGGAUUAACAAGCAGUAUUAGCCAAGCACAUCAAAAUAAGCAAUCCAUGCUCAGCCAGUGGGAUUACAGAGGGUCCCCAGACCCUAAUGGGGGAAUAACAGAAUCACAAAUGAACUCUGGAGGUUUUCACACUGAAAUGUUUAACCAAAGAAAGACUCCAAGUUUCGGUCAAGUUUCACAUAACGGCCAGUACGGACCGUAUGACUCAGGACCAAAACAGUUAGAGGACAUGGAUCUGAGCGUCAGACCAUUUUGGAAUAAUCAUCCCAUCAAAGAACAAACACAUAAUUAUCCAUAUAAUCAAUCAAACAACACAGAAGCUACUGUAAAUCUGCCAUUAUCCAGUGAGCAAACUAUGGAAAUAAACCACAACCAACGUGAAGGUGUGCAUGAGGUUCUCCCCGUACUGGAUUUAUCAUACCUUCAGUCCAAAGGCAGUUCCUCACUGAAGAAACAAGUACCCCUGAAUCGUAAGCGAAGCCAUGCCGCUGAGAGAAGAGAUUCAAACGAACGAUGGAGAUCAGAAACAGGAGACAUGAACGAGUGGAGAAAUAAUUCAUCGUCUUCAGAUCCAGUACCAAGUCUUUCCCCUGCCUCCUCCACCUCCUCUCUCCAGUACUCCGUUUCUCAGGAUUCGGAGUCAUUGGUGUCUACAGAAACUGUGAUCAAAAGGAGGCGGGUGGAGAGCACACGUCAUGUGAGAUUUGCAGAAGAGGUGACCAUUGUACCACCCCUUAGUUUCUGUGAUGAUGAUGAUGAUGAUGGCGAUGCUGAUGAUGAGGAUUACGCUCAUAACGUCAACGAGGGUAACGAGGGCAAUGAGGGCAAUGAAGGCAACAACGACAGUGGAGUAGAGUUGCCAUCACGGCCGUCUGUUCCUCGAUGGAUUGAGGCACUCAGGAGUAAGACCAAGAGAAAGCCUAAACUUAAAAUUCCACGAAUAAGGACGAAAAAAUAUCGUUUCGUGUGACAAAAUGAUUGACUAGUGACCUGAAUAACAUAGUGUCAUUACAACAUAGUGUAAUGUGAUGCAUUCUGAAGUGAUUGUAACCUCCAGAGUGAGAAGCCUACAUUUCAUGUUGUUUGGAAUUCUAUCUCUAUCUUCUAGAUAAUGAGAUUUUUACACCUGGAAAAUUCAUGCCCUUAACCAACCAGUUAAUCAAUUAUCAGCAGUGCAAAGCAUAAAAUCAUGCAGCUUCAGAUCAUCCUCACAUCGAACAUCAGAAUAGGGGAAAAAUUGAUCUCGGUGACUGUGAUUUGUUCGUGCCUCAUUGAGCUUAUCAGAAACUGCUGAUCUUCUGCGAUGUUCAUACACAAGAAUCUACACAGAAUGUGACAGACUCUUUACAACCAUGGUGAGCUGAAAAGCAUCCCAGAAAGCAGAAACCUUGAGGUGGAUGGUCUACGAAUGCAGAAGACGAUGGCAGGUUCUGCUCCUGUCUGCCAUGUACAGAAAUCUGAGGUUAUAUUGGAAAUUGGCUCACUGUCAAACUGGACCGCUGAAGACUGGACAAAUGUUACAGCAUGCUACAGUCAAAUUCAAUAACGUCACCAUUCUGAUGGGUGACAAGAACAUUCACUGAAGAUCUGUAUCUGCAUGAUUGACGGCAUAAUUGCAUGGAGCAUGAAUUUGCAGGUGUAUAGGUGUUCGUACUCUGGUCCACACCCACACGAGUCAUAGAAAUUUAAUACGUUUUCUUCCUGGAUUCAACAGCAAAAGAUUCACCAUUUGUUUAUAACAGUAAUGACAAUUAUAUUAAAAUAACCGAAUAUAAACACAUUUCUUUUCAAGAAUAAAACAUGAAAUAACAACACCAGAGCAUUAGAGAUAAAGGUUUAUUAACAUGUGUAUAUUUAAAGGGUGUAUUUCAUUUAAACAGCAAUUAUGCAACAUGAAUAACUGGAACAAUGUGUAAUGGCAAAAAAAAAACAAUUUUGCUACUGAUUACUAUGAAAAUCACAUGUUUAUAACUCAUAUAACCUUCCAUUUUUUUUUUGUAGUUAGAUGACUUUAAAAUGUAUUAUUCAGGGUUUUUAUUUUUUUCACGAUUAUUGUGUUUACAGUGUGUUCUAUAUGUAUUUGGUAAAUGUGGUUGGUUAUAUAUUUUUUGUAUUACUUUUAUAAGUCUAUAUUUGUC